AAAGAACCUUGGGAACUAAAACACAAACUCUAUUUCUCUCUCUAAAAUAACAACUCUUCCUUUCUGCUGAGGAAAACACCUUCACUCCACUCUGCUACCAAAAAGAACAAUAACCCAUUUCUCUCUCUCUUUCUCUCUGUCUCUCUUUUCCUUUCUUCUCAAUCCUUUCAUGGACGAGACAGAAGAGUCCAACAAUGGCAACAAGAAAUGCAAAGGAAAGACAAGAACUUUAAGGGGCAAAAUAACCAGCCCUCCCCAAAAGCAGUAUCAGUAUCAUCAGUAUCAGCAUCAUCAACUGUUUCACUACUCAAACCAGCUUGGAAAUAUCUAUAACCACAACCAAAACCAGUUCCAAUACCACAGAUAUUACCCGGCUCUUCUUCCUCUACCAGUGCCUCCGAUUCCUCUUCAACUGGCUUUGGCUCCUUCUCUUAAUCCCCCUCUGAACCACCACAGUUUCAGGUCCAAAACCCGCCACCAAAAACCUUCAUGCAAGCAGAAUACCCCUCAUUUCGCCGCUUCUUCAGAAACCCACGUCCCCAUUUUGCCAAUUUCACCAGAGGGGUUCCAAAAGCAAAAUGUUUUACCCCUUAAACGAGAAGAUGGAAGGAAGUUGACAGGUCCUAGAACAGAAAAGGCACUAGUGGCAGCUAGGAGACCAGAUUCUGGUGGUGUAGAAGGGCCAGUUAUAUCUCUCUUAGCCAACCAUUUUCUUGUCCAAUUUGAUUCCUCUCAGAGGAUUUUACACUAUAAUGUUGAGAUAUCUCCUAACCCCUCCAAGGAAGUUGCAAGAAUGAUCAAGCAGAAAUUGGUGGAGGACAACUCUGCGGUCCUCUCCGGCGCUAUACCGGCCUACGAUGGCCGCAAAAAUCUUUACAGCCCGGUUGAAUUCCAAAAUGACAAGCUUGAGCUCUACAUAAGCCUUCCAAUACCAACAAGCAAACCAACCAUGCUACCAUAUGGUGAAAUCAAUGGCUUUCAAGAGAAGCAUAAACAGGUUAAACUGUUUCGGGUAAACAUCAAACUUGUGGCCAAGCUUGAUGGGAAGGAGUUGAGUAGUUACUUGAACAAGGAGGGAGACGAUUGGAUUCCUCUCCCUCAAGAUUAUCUCCAUGCCUUGGAUGUUGUAUUGAGAGAGAACCCUAUUGAGAAGUGCAUACCUGUGGGGAGAUCGCUCUAUUCGAGUUCGAUGGGAGGAACUCAAGAGAUUGGAGGAGGAGCUGUUGGGUUAAGAGGGUUCUUUCAGAGCCUUAGACCAACCCAACAAGGACUGGCUCUUAAUGUGGAUUUCUCUGUGACGGCUUUUCAUGAGAGCAUUGGAGUGAUUCCAUACUUGCAGAAGCGUCUCGAGUUUCUUCGAGACCUUCCUCAGAGGAAGACAAGGGGUUUGGUUGGUGAGGAGAGAAAGGAAGUGGAGAAGGCAUUGAGGAAUAUUAGGGUCUUUGUUUGCCACAGGGAAACUGUUCAGAGAUACCGGGUUUAUGGCUUGACUGAGGAAGCCACUGCAAAUCUGUGGUUUGCUGAUAGAGAUGGGAAGAAUCUGAGGGUUGUGAGUUACUUCAAGGAUCACUAUAAUUAUGACAUACAAUACAGGAAUUUGCCGUGCUUACAGAUUAGUAGGAGCAAACCAUGUUAUCUUCCAAUGGAGCUUUGUAUGAUUUGUGAAGGCCAGAAGUUUCUUGGAAAGCUAUCAGAUGAUCAGACUGCAAGAAUACUUAAGAUGGGCUGCCAACGACCGAAAGAAAGAAAAGCUAUUAUAGAUGGCGUUAUGCAAGGACCUGUUGGGCCAACAAGCGGCAUCCAGGAAAGAGAAUUCAAACUCCACGUCUCUAGAGAAAUGACAAGAUUAAACGGAAGAAUUCUUCAGCCUCCAAAGCUAAAACUUGGUGAUGGAGGGCACAUAAGAGACCUGAUUCCUUCCCGUCAUGAUCGGCAGUGGAACCUUCUGGACAGCCAUGUGUUCGAGGGAACUCGAAUCGAAAGAUGGGCGCUGAUAAGUUUUGGCGGAACCCCAGAACAGAAAUCAACCAUUCCAAAGUUCAUAAACCAGUUAUCUCAAAGGUGUGAACAGUUGGGGAUUUUUCUUAACAAGAACACAAUCAUCAGCCCCCAGUUUGAACCAACACAAGUGCUCAACAAUGUCUCCCUUUUGGAAUCCAACCUAAAGAGGAUCCAGAGAGUUGCAGCCAACAAUCUCCAGCUUCUUAUAUGCAUAAUGGAGAGAAGACACAAAGGUUAUGCCGAUCUCAAGCGAAUAGCAGAAACCAAUGUUGGAGUUAUGAGCCAGUGCUGCUUGUACCAGAACCUUGCUAAAUUGAGUUCACAGUUUUUGGCAAAUUUGGCUCUCAAAAUCAAUGCCAAAGUUGGCGGAUGCACGGUGGCUUUGUACAAUUCAUUGCCCUCUCAAAUCCCACGUCUGCUCCAAUCCGAGGAGCCAGUAAUCUUCAUGGGAGCUGAUGUUACUCAUCCUCAUCCGCUCGAUGAUGUCAGCCCAUCUGUUGCUGCUGUCGUUGGUAGCAUGAAUUGGCCAGCGGCAAACAAGUACGUCUCAAGAAUGAGGUCCCAAACACACAGGCAAGAGAUCAUCCAGGAUCUUGGGGCAAUGGUGGGUGAAUUGCUGGAUGAUUUCCACCAGGCAGUUGGAAAACUGCCAAAGAGAAUCAUUUUCUUCCGGGACGGUGUAAGCGAGACGCAGUUCUACAAAGUGCUUCAAGAAGAGUUGCAAGCCAUUAAAGGGGCUUGUUCUAGAUUUCCUGACUACAAACCUCCCAUAACUUUUGCAGUAGUUCAGAAGAGGCACCACACAAGAUUGUUUCCCUUCAAGAUUGACCCAUCUUUCGCGCAGAACCAAUUUCCUGAUGAAAAUAUUCUCCCAGGGACUGUUGUGGAUACAGUGAUCACUCAUCCAAGAGAAUUUGACUUUUAUCUCUGUAGCCAUUGGGGUGUGAAAGGAACAAGCCGACCAACACAUUACCAUGUAUUAUGGGACGAAAGCCAGUUCACUUCAGAUGAAUUACAGAAGCUGGUUUACAAUCUUUGUUACACCUACGUGAGGUGCACAAAACCGGUUUCUUUGGUUCCCCCGGCUUACUAUGCUCACCUGGCUGCAUAUAGAGGCAGGCUUUACCUCGAGCGAUCGGAGUCGUCAUCUUACAACCGAAGUACCCACUCACUGUCCCGAGCUGCACCUCCAAAUACAACGCCUCUACCGAAACUCAGUGAGAAUGUUAAGAAGCUCAUGUUUUACUGCUAAAUUUUAGCUUACAAACUCUUUGGAAAUCAAAGAAUUUGUUCUUUUAAUGCUUAUGUCAUAUAUAUAUGCCAGGAAUACCAUGUCGAUGCAGCUCAAUAUGACACAAUUUACACGAUAGCUUAAGCUAGUUCUUCUCAAUUGUGAUCAAGCCAGCAAAUUCUAAUGCAACUAUUGUUAA